UGUAAGGACCACAGAGAUGCAUCUUUAUACAUCUACUGUGAUGUAAAGGUCUAUGUGAUCAAGGGGUCUUUGUUAUAUAAUUCAAUCUGUGAUCACAUUUUCUUAUUAAAUAACUACUUUUCUACUAGAUUCUCCCACCCCCCAAAAUUUGGAGAAGAGGCAAAUCUUAGAUGUACAAAAAAAUUAUUAUGGGGAGCACUACAGAGAUCAGAGCAAAAAACGUCACUGAUUAGGUUAUUUAAAUCAAAAUGUGGUGGUGGUCCAAUAUAAUCAAUAUUAAGCAUUAAUGUGUUAAUUUUAUAUUAGAAACUUUUUUUGUGGCUAUCUGUAGGUGAUAAUGUUUCUGUUUCCUAAGGAAAAAAGGGGAACAAUCUGAAAUCUUGUAAGCCUUUUGCAUUAGCAAAGGCACAUGUUCAGCCUCUUGAAGAGUGUUAUUUCCACUGACCGAGACAAUGGCCUUGGUCUUUGAGCAGACGUGGUUUGUGUUUAGGAAAUUCCCAGGUGGCCUGUGGGACAGGAUUUUAUGAGGCUGAAGGUUUUCAGUUCUUCAGGAUACUCUCAGAUUCAAAUUCCUGGCCAAUCUCCUCUCUCAUCUCUUCCCUCAAAGCUUCAUGUUUUAAAAAGAGAAUUCUAAAAGUUUUUUGCCUGAUAUCAAUACUGACAGCUCAUUUGCUCUAAUAAAAAUUUCCCUUCAUUUAAUUACAAAUUGCAAGCAUGUGGAUACACAUUUUAGUGGUGAACCAUACAGAGAUGUUAGUUCUAACCUACAAAAUCCUACCUAUUGCUUAAAUUUCCCAAUGCACAGAAAUCAUCCUUCGGCAAACAAAAAACCCCAAGUAUCACACACACCUGCGUGGAUGAGACAGAAAGGCACAGAGGUGAACAGACUUGACGGUUAGUUCAGGGUUGUUUCCUGUUAUGUGGUAUAUGUAGCUUAGGGGAUUUAAAAAAAUUCGACCUGAUUUAAGGUCUGGAGAUUUCUUAUAAGAUUGAUUUGAUUAGGAGAUAACUUUCCUUGAAACUGUUUUUUUUUAAAUGAUAGCACCCAGUCUCCCCACAACAUAGGCACUGAAACAGGAGAGCUACAACAGAUGAAAAUCUGACACAUGCAGUUAGUAAGAUAUAAAGCGGAAGGAGUUGAACUCAAACUGUCAAUAAAACAGGUUGUGCUUAGAGUUCUGAAUUCUUUUGACUUGUUAGAAAGGCUGGGAACAGCAAGAAAGCCAUUUAUAUGUUAACAAUGAAAGGUUUAUUACCACAUAAUGUUACUUCGGGGACAAGCUGUUUACUACAAAAUUCAGCCCAUAGAACAUGAACAUGAUCUUGGCCACACCUCGGCAUUACUGGUUUACAGAAUUAUUUCCCUGUCCUUUUCUGAGACCUAUUCAACAUGGAAUCAAACAAUAAGAGCUCUGGCAAGAAUCCUCCUGUAUACACAAUGAAGAAAUAUUUCUGAGCUCCUAAGUGAUAACCUAAGUGUCACACUGCUUCCCACAGCUCCUAAGAGGCAAGAGUUAGCUUGGCUAACGCUCGAGGGACUUUGUAAUGGCUUUAGUAUUCAGAACUGUGGCACAAUUAGCUGGAAUUUCAGUAUCUUCGCUGGGAUGGGUUUUAUCCUGCCUCACAAACUACCUGCCACAAUGGAAGAACCUCAAACUGGACUUAAAUGAAAUGGAGACCUGGACCAUGGGGCUCUGGCAAGCCUGCAUCAUCCAGGAGGAAGGUGGCAGGCAGUGCAAGGACUUUGAUUCUCUCCUGGCUUUGCCUGCCGAACUCAGGAUCUCCAGGAUUUUAAUGUUCCUGUCGAAUGGGCUGGGACUCCUGGGACUGCUGGUCUCUGGCUUCGGCCUGGACUGCUUGAGAAUUGGAGAGAGACAGCAGGAUGUCAGGAAGCGACUGUUACUCCUGGGGGGAAUCCUGUUCUGGACGGCAGGCAUCACGGCCCUGGUCCCGGUCUCCUGGGUGGCACACGUGACAGUCCGGGAGUUCUGGGAUGAGACCAUCCCAGAGAUUGUGCCCAGGUGGGAGUUUGGGGAAGCCCUCUUCCUGGGCUGGUUCGCUGGAUUCUGUCUGCUCCUGGGAGGGUGUCUGCUCCACUGCACAGCCUGCUCCUCCCCAGCUCCUGCAGCUGCGGGGCCCUAUGCCGCUGCAGAAAGGCGCCACCACCGUCAGCACCUAGAGAUGACAAACACCCACCUGAAAGUCUAAGCCGGAAGGGAUCCGUGGUCUCUGCUCUUCAGGGAUACUUGCUUCUCUCUGAAUUUGGUAGGAUUUUCUGCUACAUACUCACCCAUUCAGUACUUUUGAUUUUCUAGAUGCAUUUUUCCUGUGGAUAUUAGCUUCUUAAACUAUAAUUUCUUUCUUAGAUGGUAAACGACUUUUAUCUUCUACUCUGAGACCCAAACCACUCAAGGCUCAAUAGCAAUCAUGCUCAUUACUGUGGAUGAGUUUUCUUCACUUUAAAAUAGACUUAGUGAUUGCACAGAACUGGUAAAUAAAACAUUCUGAGUACUUA